UGAUAUGCGGAGCGGAUGGAUUCAGUUCCCGGCUCUGAAACGAUUCCUCCCCUGGCUCCGCCGAAGGCCACGGCGAGUCCCGCGGAGAAGACGUGGGGCAGAAGAGUCUCAGAAGAGGUCAUUUCAGUCUAUAAUUCUCUUCCGAAGAAGGGGAAGCCUCAGGGAAGAGAAGUCACCGUUUUAGCCGCUUUUCUGCUCUCCAAUCCGUCUCAAGAAUUACAAGUGGUGGCUUUGGGGACGGGCACGAAAUGCAUUGGGCACACUCGGCGGAGUUUGAGAGGCGACGUUGUUAAUGAUUCACAUGCUGAAGUUAUAGCCAGAAGAUCUCUUAUCAGGUAUUUGUACAAACAGAUUGAAAUCAUCACAAAUAAGUUUAGAAAGCUCAACCAUACUAAUGGAAACUUGAAGUUGAGAAUUGAUGACGAGAGCAUCUCGGCUUUCUCUUUUAAAUCAGAGCAACUCAAUCAAGGAAAACUCAAAUUGAAACCAAAUUGGCAGCUGCACCUAUAUGUUUCACAAUUGCCAUGUGGAGGUGCAUCUCUCAAUUCUCAGAUGUUUACAUCUCUCAGCAACAGUUCUUCAGAAAAAAGUAAUAUAGAAAACUUCACUCAAGAAUGCUCUGCAAGGCAAGAUGUUUCUUCUUCUGAAGUUACUGGCUCAGUUCAUAGGAAGCCUGGUCGAGGAGAUACUACUCUGUCUGUGAGCUGCUCUGACAAGAUUGCUCGCUGGAAUGUUGUUGGAGUUCAAGGAGCACUACUCUCCUGCUUCCUGGAACCAGUUUAUAUAUCCUCUGUAACAGUGGGUAUAUCGCAAUUCGAUUCUGGAAACUUUGCAACUAACCAACUUAGAAGAUCUUUACAUGAACGGGUUCUUCCCUUGGCUGACCAUUUAAUUGAACCCUUUCGAGUGAAUAAGCCACUCUUCUUUGUAGCUCCAACGCCGCCUAAGGAAUUCCAACAUUGUGAGACAACUCUUGAAACCUUAACUUGCGGGUAUUCAAUAUGCUGGAAUACUUCUGGUUUGCAUGAAGUUAUUCUUGGAACAACUGGUAGAAAACAGGGAACCUCUGCAAAAGGUGCACUAUCCCCGUCUACAGAGUCUUCUUUAUGCAAGAAGCGUCUACUGGAGUUAUUUGUAUCGUUAAAGCAAGAUUGUUUGCCAGAGUGUUGCCUUAAUCAGAUCACUUACGGAGAACUCAAGUUUCAGGGAUCUUGCGAAGAAUACAAUGCAGCUUUGAGGGCGUUUAAAGAAAGUGGGCAUUUUAGAAACUGGCUGGCGAAACCCCACAAUUUAGAGUUAUUUUGGCGACAUUGAGAUCGUUAAUUAUAUAUAUAUAUAUAUAUAUAUAUUAAUUUUGUAAUGACGUUCUUUCGUUUAUAAAUUUAUUUUUUUCCGUUAAUGAUAUUAGAGACAAAAUUAGAGAUAAAUUUAAUUUAGUUACAUUAACUUUAGAAACGAAAUUUCGUUAUAAAUAUACUAUUUUUUUGUAGUGCUUACUCGACUCGACCAAGUUGUU